CUGAAGGAAGAGAAAGAAGCCAAGCGGGCUCGUUUGGAUGGGAGACACGAUCACUUAUUUGCAAUCGUAGCUUCCUGCUUGGACCUGAACAAAUGCGAAGUGGAAGAUGCCAUUCUUGAGGGCAAUCAGAUUGAAAGAGUUGAUCAACUUUUUGCUGUUGGAGGUCUCCGUCACCUCAUGUUUUACUAUCAGGACGUGGAGGUAGCAGAAACAGGACAACUUGGCUCUCCAGGAGAAGUAAAUCUUGUUUCUGGAAAGAUUAAAAAACCUAAGGUGUUCGUGACUGAGGGAAAAGAUGUGGCCCUUACAGGAGUGUGUGUGUUCUUCAUCAGGCCCGACCCAUCCAGAGCCAUCACCCCUGAGAACAUCCACCGGGAGGUGAGCUUUAACAUGCUGGACACCGCAGAUGGGGGGCUGCUAAACAGCGUGAGACGCUUGCUCUCCGACAUCUUCAUUCCUGCCCUCAGAGCUUCAAGCCAUGGCUGGGGUGAGCUCGAGGGUCUUCAGGACGCAGCCAGCCUUCGCCAGGAGUUCCUGAGCUCUCUGGAAGGCUUUGUCAAUGUCUUGUCUGGUGCCCAGGAGAGUUUGAAGGAGAAGGUGAGCCUUCAAAAGUGUGACAUAUCUGAACUGAAAUCCCUGAAGGAGCCUAUAGACUACCUGACUGUAGCUAGCAACCCUGAGACUUUGGAAAAAGUAGAAGGUUGUGUGAAAGUAUGGAUCAAGCAGAUGGAGCAGGUCCUUGCUGAAAACAAUCAGCUGCGGAAGGAAGCAGAUGACGUGGGGCCCCGAGCAGAGUUGGAGCACUGGAAAAAGAGACUCUCUAAAUUUAACUACCUUUUGGAUCAACUGAAAGGCCCGGAUGUGAGGGCCAUGUUGGCGGUGCUUGCUGCAGCCAAGUCCAAACUCCUGAAGGCUUGGCGGGAGACGGAUAUUCGAAUCACUGAUGCAGCUAAUGAAGCAAAGGACAAUGUCAAAUAUUUGUAUACACUUGAGAAAUGCUGUGACCCUUUGUACAACAGUGAUCCCAUAUCCAUGAUUGAUGCUAUUCCUACACUUAUAAAUGCAAUUAAAAUGAUCUACAGCAUCUCUCUCUACUAUAACACCUCUGAGAAGAUCACAUCUCUGUUCAUAAAGGUGACAAAUCAGAUGAUAUCUGCAUGUAAAGCCUAUAUUACCAACAAUGGAACCACUUCCAUCUGGAACCAGCCACAGGAUGUUGUUAUGGAAAAAAUAUCAUCAGCAAUUAAACUGAAGCAGGAAUACCAGCACUGCUUUCACAAGACAAAACAAAAGCUUAAAGAAAAACCAAGUGAAAAACAAUUUGAAUUUAGUGAAAUAUAUAUUUUUGGAAAAUUUGAAACUUUCCAUCGACGCCUUGCCAAGAUAAUGGACAUCUUUACAACCUUCAAGACGUAUUCAGUCCUGCAAGACUCUAAGAUUGAAGGGCUGGAAGACAUGGUCACUAAAUACCAGGACAUUGUUGCAACCAUAAAGAAAAAGGAAUAUGAUUUCUUAGACCAUCGGAAAAUGGAUUUUGCACAGGAUUAUGAAGAGUUUUGCAGGCAGACUAAUGACCUUCAUAAUGAAUUGCAGAAGUUCAUGGAUGUUACAUUUGAGAAGAUUCAAAACACAAAUCAAGCUCUAAGUAUGUUAAAGAAAUUUGAGAGAUUGAAUAUACCUAAUCUUGGUAUCGAUGACAAAUACCGACUGAUCCUGGAGAGUUACGGGGCUGACAUUGGUAUGAUUUCAGAGCUCUACACAAAGCAGAAGUAUGACCCUCCUCUGGCUCGAGACCAGCCCCCCAUCGCAGGGAAGAUCUUGUGGGCCCGCCAACUCUUCCACAGGAUCCAGCAACCCAUGCAGCUCUUCCAGCAGCACCCGACAGUGCUGAGGACAGCUGAGGCCAAGCCGAUAAUCCGCAGUUACAACAGGUUGGCCAAGGUCCUCCUGGAGUUCGAGGUCCUCUACCACAGGGCGUGGAUUCAACAGAUCAGAGAAGUUCACAGAGGUCUUGAGGCUUCUUUGUUGGUGAAGGCUCCAGACUCUGGGGAGUUGUUUGUGAACUUUGAUCCUCAGAUAUUAGUCUUAUUUAGAGAAACAGAGUGCAUGUCACAGAUGGGUCUGGAAGUGUCGCCAUUUGCAGCUGCCCUCUUCCGGAAACGGUAUAUAUACAAAAAGAACUUCAGUAACAUGAAGAUGAUGCUGUCUGAAUACCAGAGAGUGAGGUCAAAAAUGCCCCCCGCCAUUGAGCAACUGAUGGCCCCCCAUUUGGCUAAAGUGGACAGAGCUCUCCAGCCAGGCUUGGCUGCGCUGACCUGGACAUCGCUGAAUAUUGAGRCAUAUUUAGAAAACGCUUUUACAAAGAUCAAGGACCUGGAGCUGCUGCUUGACCGAGUCAACGAUUUGAUUGAGUUCCGCAUCGACGCCCUUCUAGAGGAAAUGAGCGGCACCCUGCUUUGUCAACUCCCCCAGGAGGAGCCGCUCACCUGUGAAGAGUUCCUCCAAAUGACAAAGGACCUUUGUGUAAAUGGUGCUCAGAUACUCCAUUUUAAAAGCUCAUUAGUGGAGGAAGCAGUCAAUGAGCUCAUCAACAUGUUGUUGGACCAGCAAGUUCCACCCAAGGAGGAAAACGUGUUCAAUGAGAAUCAUAUUGAUUCAAAAAGUGAAACUUCAGGUAAGAGGGGCGGAACUUCUGAUGCCUUGACAUGGUCCCUUAACGCUGGGGCUGGCCCACUGUCUUUGACAGCAAUCCCCAAAAAGAAGAAGCAGCCUGAGAUGGUGGAGGUGGCCUGCGAGUUGCUGUCUCAUUUCAACCACCAAAACGCAGAUGCUCUUCUGAAAGUGACCAGGAACACUCUAGAGGCCAUUCGCAAGCGCAUCCAUUCCUCCCACGUGAUGAAUUUCCGGGACAGCAAUAGUGCAUCUAAAGCGAAGCAGAACAAUCUGCCUAUUUUCCGGGCAAACAUCACUCUGGCCAUUCCCAACAUUGCCAUGGCGCCUGCCUUGGAAGACGUACAGCAGACCCUGAACAGAGCUGUGGAGUGCAUUGUCAGUGUGCCCAAGGGGGUCAGACAAUGGAGCAGGGAGCCCUCGUCCAAGAAAAAGGUACAUGAAAGAAAAAUGGCUGCCCUGCAGAAUAAUGAAGAGAGUGAUUCUGAGGUCGAAAUGGAAGACAAUGAACUUCAAGAGACGAUUGAGGUGGCAUCUGUGACCUUACCCAUUCCAGUGCAACCCAAGAACUAUUAUAAGAAUGUGUCCGACAAUAAGGAGAUUGUAAAAUUAGUCUCUGUGCUGAGCACAAUCAUCAGCUCUACCAAAAAGGAAGUCAUUACAUCCAUGGAUUGCUUCAAACGCUACAAUCACAUUUGGCAAAAGGAGAAAGAAGAGACCAUUAUGACAUUUAUUAMGCAAAACCCUUUGCUUUCUGAAUUUGAGUCCCAGAUUCUUUAUUUCCAAAACCUGGAGCAGGAAAUUAAUGCUGAGCCUGAAUAUAUCUGUGUGGGUUCCAUUGCUCUGUUCACAGCUGACUUGAAAUUUGCCCUAACCACGGAGACAAAAGCCUGGAUGCUUGUCAUCGGCCGCCACUGUAACAGAAAAUACAGGAGCGAGAUGGAAAGCAUCUUCACCCUGGUGGAAGAAUUCAGUAAGAAACUGAGUCGKCCAAUUAAGGACCUAGAUGAUAUUCGGAUCGCGAUGGCCACCCUGAGAGAAAUCAGGGAGCAGCAAAUCCCCAUCGACUUUCAAGUAGGACCCGUCGAGGAAUCUUAUGCCCUGCUUAACAAAUACGGACUUCUGAUAGCCAAGGAAGAGAUGGACAAGGUUGACACUCUGCGCUAUGCUUGGGAGAAGCUCCUGGCACGUGCCAGCGAAGUUCAGAAUGAACUGGUCUCUCUACAGCCUGGUUUCAGGAAAGAGCUUAUCAGCACUGUGGAGGUCUUCCUCCAAGACUGUCACCAGUUUUAUCUGGACUAUGAUUUGAAUGGUCCGAUGGCCAGUGGCUUGCAGCCUCAGGAAGCCAGUGAUAGGCUUAUCAUGUUUCAGAAUCAGUUUGAUAAUAUYUAUCGGAAAUACAUCACCUACACUGGCGGAGAGGAACUGUUUGGUCUGCCUGUGACGCAGUAUCCCCAGCUUCUUGAAAUAAAGAAACAACUAAAUCUGCUGCAGAAAAUAUACACACUGUACAACAGUGUCAUAGAAACGGUGAAUGGCUAUCAAGAUAUCCUUUGGUCCGAAGUGAAUAUUGAAAAAAUCAACAGUGAGCUCUUAGAAUUCCAGAACAGGUGUCGGAAGCUGCCCCGAGCACUAAAGGACUGGCAGGCUUUUUUGGACCUGAAGAAGACCAUUGAUGAUUUCAGUGAGUGCUGCCCCCUGCUGGAAUAUAUGGCCAGUAAAGCCAUGAUGGAGAGGCACUGGGCGAGGAUCGCCGCCGUCACUGGGCACAGUCUGGAUGUGGGGAAUGAAACCUUCAAGUUGAGAAACAUCAUGGAGGCACCUCUUCUGAAGUACAAAGAGGAAAUAGAGGACAUCUGUAUCAGUGCAGUGAAGGAGAGAGACAUCGAACAGAAGCUGAAGCAAGUGAUUAAUGAAUGGGACAGCAAAACAUUCACAUUUGGCAGUUUUAAAACCCGCGGAGAGCUUCUCCUGCGAGGAGACAGCACCUCAGAAAUCAUCGCCAACAUGGAGGACAGUUUGAUGUUGCUGAGUUCUCUCCUGAGCAACAGGUACAAUGUGCCAUUCAAAGCCCAGAUUCAAAAGUGGGUUCAGUACCUUUCCAAUUCAACAGACAUCAUCGAGAACUGGAUGACCGUGCAAAACUUGUGGAUUUAUCUGGAAGCUGUCUUUGUGGGAGGAGACAUUGCCAAGCAACUGCCCAAGGAAGCCAAGCGCUUUUCCAACAUAGAUAAAUCUUGGGUGAAGAUCAUGACUCGGGCACAUGAAAUGCCAAAUGUGGUCCAGUGUUGUGUUGGAGAUGAGACCCUGGGGCAGCUCCUGCCACACCUGCUGGACCAGCUGGAAAUAUGCCAGAAAUCCCUUACUGGAUACUUGGAGAAAAAACGCCUCUGCUUUCCUCGAUUCUUCUUCGUGUCGGAUCCUGCUCUUCUGGAGAUCCUGGGGCAGGCCUCGGAUUCCCACACUAUCCAAGCCCACUUGCUGAAUGUAUUUGACAACAUCAAAACGGUCAAGUUCCAUGAGAAGGUGUAUGAUCGGAUUCUGUCCAUCUCAUCCCGGGAGGGGGAGACCAUCGAGUUGCACAGACCCGUGAUGGCCGAGGGCAACGUGGAGGUGUGGCUCAAUUCUCUCCUGGAGGAAUCACAGUCUUCAUUACACCUUGUGAUUCGCCAGGCAGCUGCAAAUAUCCAAGAAGCAGGGUUCCAACUGAUCGAAUUUCUUUCUUCCUUCCCUGCUCAGGUUGGAUUAUUAGGAAUUCAAAUGAUAUGGACACGGGAUUCAGAAGAAGCCCUUAGAAAUGCCAAGUUUGAUAAAAAAAUUAUGCAGAAGACCAAUCAGUCCUUCCUGGAGCUGCUAAACACACUGAUAGACAUCACUACGAAGGAUCUGAGUCCCAUGGAACGAGUGAAAUAUGAGACUUUGAUUACUAUUCAUGUGCACCAGAGGGACAUCUUUGAUGACCUGUGUCACACGCACGUCAAGAGCCCCACGGACUUCGAGUGGCUGAAACAGUGCAGAUUUUAUUUUAAUGAAGAUACUGACAAGAUGAUGAUUCACAUCACCGAUGUGGCUUUCAUAUAUCAGAAUGAAUUUUUAGGCUGCACCGACAGGCUUGUCAUAACUCCUCUCACGGACAGGUGCUACAUCACCUUGGCCCAAGCUCUGGGAAUGAGCAUGGGGGGAGCCCCGGCAGGACCCGCGGGGACGGGCAAGACGGAAACCACCAAGGACAUGGGACGGUGCCUGGGGAAGUACGUCGUGGUUUUCAACUGCUCAGACCAGAUGGACUUCCGAGGACUUGGUCGGAUAUUUAAAGGACUGGCCCAGUCUGGAUCCUGGGGUUGUUUCGAUGAGUUCAACCGGAUCGAUCUGCCCGUUCUCUCGGUGGCGGCCCAGCAGAUUUCCAUUAUUCUCACGUGUAAAAAGGAGCGUAAAAAAUCUUUUAUCUUUACCGAUGGAGACAAUGUGACCAUGAACCCUGAAUUUGGACUCUUUCUAACCAUGAAUCCUGGCUAUGCUGGGCGGCAGGAGCUCCCAGAAAACUUGAAGAUUAACUUCCGCUCGGUGGCCAUGAUGGUCCCCGACCGGCAGAUCAUCAUAAGGGUGAAGCUGGCCAGCUGUGGCUUCAUUGACAACAUUGUUCUGGCCAGGAAGUUUUUUACACUCUACAAGCUGUGCGAGGAGCAGCUUUCGAAGCAGGUCCAUUAUGACUUUGGUCUGCGUAACAUUCUGUCAGUUCUGCGGACAUUGGGGGCAGCAAAAAGAGCCAACCCCACAGAUACAGAAUCUACUAUUGUCAUGCGUGUGCUACGAGACAUGAAUCUGUCUAAAUUGAUUGAUGAGGAUGAACCCUUAUUUUUGAGUUUAAUUGAAGAUCUCUUCCCAAAUAUCCUUCUGGACAAGGCAGGUUACCCUGAACUGGAGAUGGCAAUCAGCAGACAGGUGGAAGAAGCUGGCUUAAUCAACCAUCCUCCUUGGAAACUGAAAGUCAUCCAGCUGUUUGAGACGCAGAGGGUGAGGCAUGGAAUGAUGACCCUAGGGCCUAGUGGAGCAGGGAAAACCACCUGCAUCCACACCUUGAUGAAGGCCAUGUCAGAUUGUGGAAAACCACACCGGGAAAUGAGGAUGAAUCCCAAAGCAAUUACCGCCCCCCAGAUGUUUGGUCGGCUUGAUGUGGCCACAAAUGACUGGACUGAUGGAAUAUUUUCUACCCUUUGGAGGAAAACGCUGAGAGCUAAGAAAGGGGAGCAUAUCUGGAUAGUUCUUGAUGGUCCAGUCGACGCCAUCUGGAUUGAAAAUCUGAAUUCCGUUUUGGAUGAUAAUAAAACCCUAACCCUUGCCAAUGGUGAUCGGAUUCCUAUGGCUCCAAAUUGCAAGAUCAUUUUUGAACCUCAUAACAUUGACAACGCUUCUCCGGCUACUGUCUCAAGAAAUGGAAUGGUUUUCAUGAGUUCUUCUAUCCUUGAUUGGAGUCCCAUUCUUGAGGGAUUUCUUAAGCAAYGCCCGCCUCAAGAAGCGCAAGUGCUGCGCCAGCUGUACACGGAGUCUUUCCCAGAGCUGUACCGCUUCAGCAUUCAGAACCUGGAGUACAAGAUGGAGCUGCUGGAGGCCUUCGUGAUCAGGCAGAGCGUGGACAUGCUGCAGGGCCUGAUCCCUCCCAAGGAGCAGGGCGGGGAGCUGAGCCCCGAGCACCUGGGCCGGCUGUUCGUGUUCGCGCUCAUGUGGAGCGUGGGAGCCGCCCUGGAGCCGCACGCGCGCCGCAGGCUGGAGCUCUGGCUGCGCGCCCGGCCGCCCGCGCUGCCCCUGCCGCCGGAGGGCCCCGGCGACGGCAUGUUCGACUACUACGUGGCGCCCGAUGGUACCUGGAUGCACUGGAACACACGUACCCAGGAAUAUGUGUAUCCAUCUGAUACUACCCCAGAGUACAGCUCCAUCCUGGUGCCAAAUGUUGACAAUGUGAGGACUGACUUUCUAAUUAAAACCAUUGCUAAACAGGGCAAGGCUGUACUAUUAAUUGGUGAACAAGGAACAGCCAAGACUGUCAUCAUCAAAGGAUUUAUGUCAAAAUAUGAUCCUGAAAGUCACAUGAUCAAGAGUCUGAACUUUUCUUCUGCCACCACUCCACUGAUGUUUCAGAGGACCAUAGAGAGCUAUGUGGACAAACGCAUGGGUACCACGUAUGGCCCUCCUGCGGGAAAGAAGAUGACUAUUUUCAUCGAUGAUGUGAAUAUGCCAAUAAUCAAUGAGUGGGGAGAUCAGGUUACUAAUGAGAUAGUUCGGCAGCUAAUGGAACAAAAUGGAUUCUAUAACUUAGAGAAGCCUGGAGAAUUUACCGGUAUCGCAGACGUCCAGUUCUUGGCAGCCAUGAUCCAUCCUGGGGGAGGACGCAAUGAUAUACCCCAGAGACUCAAGAGGCACUUCUCCAUAUUCAACUGCACGCUGCCCUCGGAGGCGUCCAUGGACAAGAUCUUUGGAGUGAUUGGGGUAGGCCACUACUGCACCCAGAGGGGUUUCUCAGAGGAAGUGAGAGAUUCAGUGAUGAAGCUGGUGCCCCUGACACGUCGACUGUGGCAGAUGACCAAGGUUAAAAUGCUCCCCACUCCAGCGAAAUUCCAUUACGUGUUUAACCUCCGAGAUCUUUCUAGGAUCUGGCAAGGAAUGCUGAACACUACUUCAGAGGUCAUUAGAGAACCAGCUGAGCUGUUCAAACUGUGGAAGCACGAAUGUAAACGUGUGAUAGCGGAUCGUUUCACCGUGUCUGAUGAUGUGACCUGGUUUGAUAAGACUUUAGCAAGUUUGGUAGAGGAGGAGUUUGGCGAAGAGGAAAAACUCUUGGUGGAUUAUGGAAUCGAUGCUUAUUUUGUGGAUUUCUUAAGGGAUGCACCAGAAGCUACAGGUGAAACAUCUGAGGAGCCUGAUGCCGAAAUGCCCAAAGUGUAUGAGCCAAUUGCAUCUUUUCAUCAACUGAAAGAGCGUUUGAAUCUGUUCCUGCAGCUGCAUAAUGAGAGUGUCCGCGGCGCUGGCAUGGACCUGGUGUUCUUUGCAGAUGCGAUGGUGCACUUGGUCAAGAUCUCUCGAGUCAUUCGUACUCCUCGGGGAAAUGCCCUCCUGGUCGGGGUGGGCGGAUCAGGAAAGCAGAGCCUGACAAGGUUGGCUUCAUUCAUUGCUGGCUAUACUUCCUUCCAGAUCACUCUGACAAGAUCCUACAACGCAUCAAACCUGAUGGAAGACCUAAAGGUUCUGUAUAGGACGGCUGGUCAGCAAGGGAAAGGAAUCACUUUUAUUUUCACGGACAAUGAGAUUAAAGAGGAGUCAUUUUUGGAAUACAUGAACAAUGUUUUAUCAUCCGGUGAGGUCUCCAACCUGUUUGCUCGUGAUGAAAUUGAUGAAAUUAAUAGCGAUCUGACCUUAGUCAUGAAAAAGGAGCACCCCAGGCGCCCUCCUACCAACGAGAACCUGUGUGACUACUUCAUGUGCCGCGUCCGAAGCAACCUUCACAUAGUGCUCUGCUUCUCUCCGGUGGGGGAGAAAUUCCGAAAUCGAGCUUUGAAGUUCCCUGCCCUUAUUUCAGGGUGCACGAUUGACUGGUUCAGCCGAUGGCCUAAGGACGCCUUAGUUGCUGUGUCUGAACACUUCCUUUCUUCCUAUGAGAUUGACUGCAGUUUGGAAACCAAGAGGGAGGUGGUCCAAUGCAUGGGCUCCUUCCAGGACGGGGUGGCUGAGAAGUGUGUUGAUUAUUUCCAGAGAUUCCGACGUUCUACCCACGUGACCCCCAAAUCAUACCUCUCCUUUAUUCAGGGCUAUAAGUUCAUUUAUGGAGAAAAGCGUGUAGAGGUACAGACCUUGGCCAACAGAAUGAAUACCGGUUUGGAAAAACUGAAAGAAGCUUCAGAAUCAGUUGCAGCCCUGAGCAAAGAACUGGAAGUUAAAGAAAAGGAACUACAGGUGGCCAAUGAGAAAGCCGACAUGGUCUUAAAAGAAGUGACCAUGAAAGCACAGGCUGCCGAAACAGUCAAGGCUGAGGUACAGAAGGUGAAGGACAAAGCCCAGGCCAUUGUAGACAGUAUCUCUAAAGACAAAGCCAUUGCUGAAGAAAAACUUGAAGCAGCCAAACCAGCUUUAGAAGAAGCAGAAGCAGCCUUGCAGACGAUCAAGCCUUCCGACAUCGCGACUGUCCGCACGCUGGGCAGACCCCCUCACCUCAUCAUGCGGAUCAUGGACUGUGUGCUGCUGCUGUUUCAAAGGAAAGUCAACGCCGUGAAAGUCGACCUGGAGAAAAGCUGCACUGUUCCUUCCUGGCAGGAAUCUCUGAAACUGAUGACUGCCGGGAACUUUUUACAGAACUUACAGCAAUUCCCCAAAGACACAAUCAACGAAGAAGUGAUAGAAUUUCUGAGCCCUUACUUUGACAUGGCAGACUACAACAUUGAAACUGCUAAACGCGUGUGUGGGAAUGUAGCUGGUCUUUGUUCCUGGACCAAAGCCAUGGCUUCCUUCUUUUCUAUAAACAAAGAAGUUCUGCCCCUGAAGGCCAACUUGGUGGUGCAGGAGAAUCGCCAUGUCCUGGCAAUGCAGGAUCUGCAUAAGGCCCAGGAUGAGCUGGAUGAAAAACAAGCAGAGCUCGAUGUGGUGCAGGCCGAGUACRAACAGGCCAUGACUGAGAAGCAGACCUUGCUUGAAGAUGCAGAGCGGUGCAGACGUAAGAUGCAGACGGCGUCCACGCUCAUCAGUGGCUUGGCAGGUGAAAAGGAAAGAUGGACAGAGCAAAGUAAAGAGUUUGCAGCUCAAACCAAAAGACUCGUAGGUGAUGUAUUGUUGGCUACAGCUUUUCUGUCUUAUUCUGGUCCAUUUAACCAAGAAUUUCGAGAUUUGCUGCUAAAUGAUUGGAAGAAAGAAAUGAAAUCCAGGAAAAUUCCAUUUGGGAAGGAUCUAAAUCUCAAUGAGCUGUUGAUCGAUGCCCCCACUAUUAGUGAAUGGAACCUCCAGGGUCUGCCCAAUGAUGACCUGUCCAUUCAGAAUGGAAUCAUUGUCACAAAGGCAUCACGCUACCCUCUGCUAAUCGACCCACAGACUCAAGGCAAGAUCUGGAUUAGAAACAAAGAAAGUGGCCAUGAACUCCAGAUCACUUCUCUCAAUCACAAGUACUUCAGAAACCACCUGGAGGACAGCCUCUCUCUUGGGAGGCCCUUGCUCAUUGAAGACGUCGGGGAGGAACUGGAUCCAGCUUUGGAUAAUAUUUUGGAAAGAAACUUCAUUAAAACCGGAUCUACCUUUAAGGUGAAAGUUGGUGACAAGGAAGUAGAUGUCAUGGAUGGCUUCAGACUGUACAUCACCACCAAACUGCCCAAUCCAGCCUACACCCCUGAGAUAAGUGCUCGGACCUCCAUCAUCGACUUCACGGUCACCAUGAAGGGUCUGGAGGACCAGCUCCUGGGGAGGGUCAUUCUCACAGAAAAGCAGGAAUUAGAGAAAGAAAGAACUCUUCUUAUGGAAGAUGUAACCKCGAACAAAAGGAGGAUGAAGGAACUAGAAGACAAUUUGCUUUGCCGCCUGACCAGUACGCAGGGGUCCCUGGUGGAGGACGAGAGUCUCAUCGUUGUGCUGAGUAACACCAAAAAGACAGCUGAGGAGGUGACCCAGAAGCUGGAAAUUUCUGCUGAGACAGAAAUUCAAAUUAACUCAGCACGGGAGGAAUACAGACCUGUUGCUACGCGGGGCAGCAUCCUCUACUUCCUCGUCACCGAGAUGCGCUUGGUUAAUGAGAUGUAUCAGACUUCGCUCCGCCAGUUUCUAGGCUUGUUUGACCUUUCCUUGGCCAGAUCUGUCAAGAGCCCGAUUACGAGCAAGCGGAUUGCUAAUAUCAUCGAGCACAUGACCUACGAGGUUUACAAGUACGCUGCCCGCGGGCUGUACGAGGAGCACAAAUUCCUGUUUACCUUGUUGCUGACACUGAAGAUCGACAUCCAGAGGAACCGAGUGAAGCAUGAAGAGUUUCUCACUCUUAUUAAAGGUGGUGCCUCAUUGGAUCUUAAGGCAUGUCCUCCCAAACCAUCCAAAUGGAUCCUGGACAUGACUUGGUUGAAUUUGGUGGAACUCAGCAAGCUUAGACAGUUCUCAGACAUCCUUGAUCAGAUAUCAAGAAAUGAGAAAAUGUGGAAAACUUGGUUUGAUAAGGAAAACCCUGAGGAGGAACCUCUUCCUAAUGCCUAUGAUAAAUCUCUUGACUGCUUCAGACGUCUUCUCCUUAUUCGGUCCUGGUGUCCGGACAGAACCAUUGCCCAGGCCCGAAAGUACAUCAUGGAGUCCAUGGGUGAAAACUAUGCCGAAGGAGUUAUCUUGGACUUGGAAAAGACAUGGGAGGAAUCUGACCCACGGACGCCACUCAUCUGUCUCCUCUCUAUGGGCUCAGACCCUACAGAGUCCAUCAUUGCCUUGGGGAAGAGAUUGAAAAUAGAAACCCGUUUUGUGUCCAUGGGCCAGGGCCAGGAGGUCCACGCACGAAAGCUCUUGCAGCAGACCAUGGCAAAUGGAGGAUGGGCGCUUUUACAGAACUGUCACUUGGGACUUGAUUUCCUGGAUGAACUCAUGGACAUAAUUACAGAAACUGAGACAGUGCAYGGCGCUUUUCGCCUGUGGAUGACCACUGAGGUUCACAAGCAGUUUCCCAUUACACUCCUUCAGAUGUCCAUUAAAUUUGCCAACGAGCCUCCACAAGGCCUCCGGGCAGGACUMAAGAGAACAUAUGGUGGUGUGAGCCAAGACCUGCUGGAUGUGAGCGCGGGGGCGCAGUGGAAGCCCAUGCUGUACGCGGUGGCCUUCCUGCACUCCACGGUCCAGGAGAGGCGCAAGUUUGGUCCCCUGGGGUGGAAUAUUCCCUAUGAAUUUAAYCAGGCGGACUUCAAUGCCACUGUGCAGUUCAUCCAGAACCACUUAGACGACAUGGAUAUCAAAAAGGGCGUCUCCUGGACCACUGUCCGCUACAUGAUAGGAGAGAUUCAAUAUGGAGGCAGAGUCACUGAUGACUAUGAUAAGAGAUUGUUGAACACCUUUGCAAAGGUUUGGUUCAGUGAAAACAUGUUUGGACCAGAUUUCAGCUUUUACCAAGGAUAUAAUAUUCCGAAAUGCAGCACCGUGGAUAACUAUCUUCAAUAUAUCCAGAGCUUGCCGGCCUAUGACAGCCCCGAGGUGUUUGGGCUGCACCCCAAUGCCGACAUCACCUACCAGAGCAAGCUGGCCAAGGACGUGCUGGACACCAUCCUGAGCAUCCAGCCCAAGGACAGCUCUGGUGGAGGGGACGAGACCCGGGAGACUGUGGUGGCACGGCUGGCUGAUGAUAUGCUGGAGAAGCUGCCUCCAGACUACAGCCCAUUUGAAGUGAAAGAGAGGCUGCAGAAGAUGGGGCCAUUCCAGCCGAUGAACAUUUUCCUCCGGCAGGAGAUAGACAGAAUGCAGAGGGUGCUCAGCCUCGUCCGCAGCACCCUGACUGAGCUAAAACUUGCUAUUGAUGGCACCAUCAUCAUGAGCGAAAAUCUGCGAGAUGCAUUGGAUUGCAUGUUUGAUGCCAGAAUUCCUGCUCGUUGGAAAAAAGCUUCAUGGGUUUCGAGUACGCUGGGUUUCUGGUUUACUGAACUUCUAGAAAGAAACUGCCAGUUUACCUCCUGGGUUUUCAAUGGUCGACCCCAUUGUUUUUGGAUGACAGGCUUUUUCAACCCCCAAGGAUUUUUAACAGCAAUGCGACAGGAAAUAACUCGGGCCAACAAAGGCUGGGCUCUGGACAAUAUGGUGCUUUGUAAUGAGGUCACCAAAUGGAUGAAGGAUGAUAUUUCUGCCCCUCCCACAGAGGGUGUCUACGUCUAUGGCCUCUAUCUUGAAGGUGCUGGCUGGGACAAGAGGAACACGAGACUCAUUGAAUCCAAACCCAAAGUGCUCUUUGAGCUGAUGCCUGUCAUAAGGAUUUAUGCAGAAAACAACAGUGUAAGAGAUCCUCGGUUUUACUCCUGCCCCAUCUACAAGAAGCCAGUUCGAACAGAUUUAAACUACAUUGCAGCGGUGGAUCUCAGGACUGCCCAGGCYCCGGAACACUGGGUACUCCGAGGAGUCGCCCUGCUCUGUGACGUCAAGUAA